AUGACCGUUCUAGAGCUUCUCAUUUCGCCUUGGGCACCGGCCCUGCUGGCUGUAGGUGUUGCUGUAUACUACCUCUACCCUUACUUCGUCACAUUCGGUUCCCUUCGUGGAAUUCCGGCACCGUUUCCAGCUCAAUUCACCAAUCUAUGGCUCCUCUCCGUCGUCCGGCGUGGCAAGCGAUACAUCACCGUCCAUGAGAUCCAUGAGAAGUUAGGGCCCGUGGUUCGCAUCCAGCCGAACCAUGUGAGUAUCGCCGACGACGAGGCCAUUCAGACCAUUUAUGGUCACGGCAACGGCUUCCUGAAGGCAAGCUUUUACGACGCCUUCGUCUCCAUCCAAAGAGGACUCUUCAACACUAGAGACCGCCACGAACACUCGCGCAAGCGUAAGAUUGUCUCGCACACCUUCUCCGUCAAGUCAAUCGGCCAAUUCGAGCCGUACAUGCAUGAGAACCUGGUCCUCUUCGUCAAGAAGUGGGAUGAGCUCGUCAAGAACAAUCCAGCCGGCGCCAACAUUGAUUGUUUGAAAUGGUUCAAUUACUUGGCGUUUGACAUUAUUGGCGAUCUGGCGUUCGGCGCGCCAUUCGGUAUGAUCGAGGCUAGUGCUGAUAUCGCCGAGGUCCGCGAGUCUCCCACCAGUCCGCCCAUUUACGGGCCCGCCAUCGAGAUUUUGAACCGGAGAGGCGAGGUUUCUGCCACUCUUGGAAUCCUCCCCGAACUGAAGCCUUGGGCAAAGUACCUCCCGGAUCCGUUCUUUAGCCAGGGCUUGGAAGCUGUGCAGAACCUGGCGGGCAUGGCUAUUGCGCGUGUGAAGUCAAGACUGGACAAUCCGCCUGAUAUCAACAGACUCGAUCUGCUUGCGCGACUGAUGGAGGGACGUGAUGACAAGGGAGAGCCGCUGGGCAGAGAGGAGCUCACAGCAGAGGCCUUGACGCAGUUGAUUGCGGGUAGCGACACGACAUCCAACUCUUCCUGCGCGGUUCUGUACCACGCUACGAGAACCCCCGGCGUGUUGGAGAAGCUGCAGAAGGAGCUCGACCAGGCCAUUUCUCCUACCUGUGAGGUCCCGACCUACGAUAUGGUCAAGGACCUUCCCUACCUCUCCAUGGUCAUCGAUGAAACCCUCCGAUUCCACUCAACCUCUGGCAUUGGUCUCCCUCGUCAGAUCCCGGACAGUUCACCCGGUGUCACCAUCCGCGGCCACUUUUUCCCCCCUGGCACCGUCCUCAGCGUUCCCUCGUACACAAUGCACCACUCCAAGGAGAUUUGGGGCCCGGACGCCGAUGACUUCCGUCCCGAGAGGUGGGAAUCGCUGACGAUGAGGCAGAAGAAUGCCUUUAUCCCGUUCAGCACUGGACCCAGAGCCUGCGUUGGAAGGAACGUGGCGGAGAUGGAGAUGAAGCUCAUUGUUGCCACGUGGGCCAGGAGGUAUCGCGUUGAGCUGAGACAAGAAGGCAUGGAGACGAGAGAGGGGUUCUUGAGGAAGCCCUUGGGACUGGAUAUCAACAUCAAAAGGCGAUGA